GCUAGCGAGUGCAUAGUCGUUAACUACCAGGCAAACGGUGCACAAGCAUUGGUAUUAAAAGAAUAUCAUAUCGAAGAACGAAAUUGAAGUGAAGAAAUUGGAUCGAGUCUUUUUCGAAAUAAUCGAUCAAAGUGCUCUUCAGGUAUUCAAGUCAAAAACGAGAAAGUGUUGGAAAGUGUAGAAAAGUGAAGUGCUCUUAUUUUAUUGCAAACAGUUAAUUUGAAAUACUUUUUCGUUAUUGUGUAUUUGUACAAAAGUAAAUAACGGAUCGAUACAGUUUGACAAAAGUGAAUAAAAUUGCUCAAGAGGAACAAUAGCAAAAAUUAUUAUUUUUGAAGUAAUUCGAGUGGUAAAAAUGAAUCGUUUUAUUGCAGCGUUGGCCUUCCUCGCAGUGGUGCAAGCCCUAUCAAUCGACGAUCGCACCCUGGAUGUCAACAUCAACGUUGAAAAGAACUCCAACUCCUACUUCCACAGCAAACUCAACGAAGGAUCCUUCCAGUAUGGGCUGGAUGUGGAGAAACCGGUGGACCAUCACUUCCAGCACAAGGUCAAAGGCCCGGACGGUGUCACGUACGGAUGCUACGGAUUUGUAGAUCCCGAUGGCAAACCGCACCUGACCCACUACGUUUCCGACGUUAAGGGAUACCGAGUGCUCGCACCAGAAUCCGCCACCAAGAUCUACAUAGGCCGGUUGGAAAAGAGCAUAGAUAACAUCUACCAGGCAUCGCAAGCGAAGGACGUCCAAUGGAAGGACCUAUUCUUCCCACCGGCUUGCAGGACUUUGUACGCCGACCUGUUGAAGAACUCACCUACGACUGCUCGCCCCGCAACUCCACGGCCAACUCCCGUACGUACCACUCCAGCACCAAUUCCGUUCGAACCAGAUUUCGGAGGCAGCAACGUACACGAGUCUAUCGUUCCUCAUGACAACGCGCCCUGUUCGCAAGUCUGCACUGACCUCAAAUCAGAACUGCAAGAAAUCAAAUCCAAGCUGAAGACCCUUAUCGACAGUUUGGCACAGAACGAGAGCAAACAGAAGUUCACUGGCAGCGCCGGUGGAAAUCAAACGUAUGCCUACUUCCCGGUAAUGUUGAGCAAUAGUGUUCCUGGAGGAGCCACACCCGGACAGAUUGCCAUGCCGGCAUUCCAGUGUGGACGGCAGUAAGCUGUGAAAUUACCGUAAAUCUCUGAAGGUUGUGAUGCAAUUCAGGAGAAGUGCAAUGUACAUAUAUUAUAAUAGGAUACUAGAUUAGGGUUGGAUGAAUGGACCCAAUUGAAUGACUGGUUAGGCUAGAUUUAUAGGUUUAAUAAUUUAAUUGAAUAAAGACCUUUUCAAUAAAUAUA